AAAAAUAUUUAAUUGAUCCUUUUAAAAGAGCCAUGUUCUGGAAGAGACACACAUCUUUGAACAGGUGCUAAGAUUGAUCCCCAAAAUUACAGAACAUGGACCCUUAGUCCCUUUACCAGGAAAACAGAGAAAACCAUUACAGGAAAACUAUAAACAGCUGGAUGAAUACAAUAUAAUAGGGACAAGCUAGUCCAACUCCUUGGAGAACAACUCAUAUGUCUCUACCUUAAAAUACUUUGAAAAAGUUAAUAAAAUUGUAGAGACAGAAUCACUGGCUAUGGUUUAUCUCUUCAAAAGUCUUUGGACAAAGUAUCUGAGGGCUAACUUUCAUAGGGUGAAGUCCUGUCAUGAUCUAAAACUAGUUGACAGAGGUAAAGUAGGAAUAACAUUUUGUCUUUUCAGAGUAGAAAUGUUUAAUAAGCAGCUUCCGAAGAGAUCAGUAUGACUGAAUAUAUUUACAACUCCAAAGAGGGGGCUGAAGUGAAAAAAAUUGCUAAUGGUACAUAAUUAAUUAUUUGUGUGUGUGUGUGUAAAACAAGGACCAGCUGUAAGAAACUGAAAUUACAAGGAAACUACCUAGUGCUAUUUCAUAACUUAGUAAUGUCAGGUAAGUGACAAGGAAUUUAUGCCCUCCUUUGACACAUCUGGAAUUAACCACAGUGGGAGAAAAGAUAAGUAAACAGAUAAACCACCAAUCUAUUCCUAUAUAGUAAUUUUGCAGUGACUUUUUUUUUACUCUAAGUGGGGCCAUACAAAAUCUACAUGAAUAGGUUUUGAUAAAUUUUGCUACCCCUUCUCUUCAGAGAAUGUAUACAAAUACAUGUAUUUCUCAAAUGGGUUAAUCACUGGAAACCAGGAAGCUGUUUUUUCCCAUGACAUUUGUUUAGGGUGGGUCUUAACUCAAAAUCUGAGAUUCGAGGUGUAAUCCUUAAGGGUGAAUAGUCCCUCAACUCGUAUGGUAUCUUUUGCUGUUUGCUGACUGGAUAAGCACAAUAAUCAAGUUUCCAGCGUGAAUAGCUCCAGAAAAUGAAUCUUAAAAUUGUUUUCCUAGAGAGAGAGAGAGAGAGAGAGAGAGAGUGUGUGUGUGUGUGUGUGUGUGUGUGUGUGUGUGUGUGUGCGCGCGCGCUUAAACCAGAUUGCCUAAAUACUUAGGGAAAGUGAAUGCAAUGCAUGUGAAGAAGGCCACCUUGAAAUUAUUUAAAGAUUCUAAUGAAUACUUGUGGAAAACAUUUUUUUAAAUAGUAUUUGCCCAACACUAAUAAGUCCUUUAAAUCAAGUCCUGUGAUUUAUUCUACGGACAAAACUCCCAAUGGCAUUUUAUCUCCUGAAUAAGGACAGCUAGCUUUCCUUUAGUGGUAGCGGAAUUUGCAAUUCAGCCUGUGUCUAUUCCUCAUUCUAGCCCCACACCCACUCUAGACACAGAACUGUUCACCACCCACUUGUCUGCAUCGGGUGAAAUCUGAAAUAUUAUGCACACACAGAGCUCUGAGCAAUGUCGCUUUCUCUUUUCUUUCCUGCUGCUAAGAUAAAACACAGCAAACUGCGAGAAAAUCCCUUCAGAAACGGAAGCACUUAAGAUUUCUAAACCAGGUGUAACCCUCCAGGCCGAUCUUCGACGCAGGGCUUGGCGGUUUGCCUCUGCCGGCUGUUCUGAACUGAAGUUGAAGAUAGAAAUUCGUAAUACAAUUUCCAGUGCCUGGACAUGACGUCUUGCAAUAAGUGGAAAAACCACUAGAGGUGAAUAUCUGAUAAUCUCUCGCCCUCAGCCCCAGCAAAUUAAAUGCUGAAGUCAAACAGCAACGUGUGGAGAAAGCCCUGCCUUAAUUGUACCUAUUUCAUUGAAGCAAUCGGGGGCUAUUUUCGUUCGUGUACCCUGUUUCCCCGGUACCUGGCUAAAUGCAUAGGUUUUCUUUCUCGAGUUAAAAAGGUUUAUUGUUCCUCAUGUGCUCACUGAAUAAAGACCGAGGUCCCUCCUGCCAAUCUGGUGGCGUUUGCAAAUCUCCAGCCGCCUUGCUGCCUUUAGGAGAGAAAAGAAAGCCAGAUGGCAUCGUUACAGGUGCUGUAGGUCUCUCCCUUGUAAAAUGAGAUCGGGCUGCAAAACAAGAAAUCUACAGGCCAGGAGAACGGGGGCUUCAUGCCCACAAUUAGCAGAACCAGACCUGAUCGUCCUACGUCGGGCGGGGGGAGUUUUGCUAGGCUCUGGCGGUACGUGUAAGUGCUUCGCUUUUCCUGGAUAUUUUUUCCUGGGUCUGGGAGUUAGCGAAAACUGACCCUGUACUAACGCAGAGAAGCUCCCGCUGGGUAGCGUGAAAGAGACGAAAUCACCACUGCCGGUCGCCUGCAAUCGUGAUCCCACCAUUCCAACGGGCAGGCUGCGCUCCAAGCAGAGACUGGGCGCUGCAAAGGAAGCGCCUCCGCGAGAGGAGUUGUAACUACCUCCUCCUCCUCGCCUGUCUCUUACGCACUCGCACCUUCUCCCCCGCUGCACUUAUAAAGGGGAAUCAGCUGGCCCUGGCUAAUGGGGAGGAACCGGGCAGAUCCCUUUCUCCGGGCGAGUUUGCCCAGAGGAGAACAAAAAGGGAAAGUUCGUGUAAAAAAAAAAAAAACCUACCCCCACCCCCAAGUCUGGACCGAGCAGACUGGAGCAGUCCUGAAGUGCAUGCUCGGGGAUGGCGGGUUUAGGCUAAACCCGUGGUGGGAGGUCGGAGGAGAGCCACGCAGGCUGCCGGGGUGGGCACAGCGGGGAUCGCACGCACGGCUCCCCCCCCCCCCCCGGCUCUCCCCUUCAGUGAGCGACAUGCCCUGUGCGUGCGCGUGUGCCUACUGGAGGGAGGGUGGGAGAGAGGGAGCCAGGCGCAGGCGCACCGCGCGCCCGUCUGCAGCCCGGGCGCUCUCAGUGCAGAUCCCGGGGAGUUGAUGGCAGCAGCGCGGUGCAGCCCCCCGGCGGAGAGCGGUGCGCGGCGGAGCCCUGAGCCCAAAAUGUGCGGGGAGGAAGACAGCGGCUGCAGCAGCUCCGGGAGCCCGAGGGACGGGGCCGGGCACCCGCUGGUUACCCAGCUCUCCUGACCUGCAUACCCCCUCCCCACACACCGCUCCCCCAAAGAAUGUCAGCCAAGUCCAAGGGGACCCCCGCCUCCUCCUCGCCACCCGAGGGGCCGCCCGCAGCCUCCAAAGCCAAGGUGAAGGAACAGAUCAAGAUCAUCGUGGAGGAUCUGGAAUUAGUCCUGGGGGACCUGAAAGACGUGGCCAAGGAACUCAAGGAGGUGGUUGACCAGAUUGACACAUUGACAUCUGACCUGCAGCUGGAGGAUGAGAUGACAGACAGUUCCAAAACUGACACGCUGAACAGCAGCUCAAGCAGCACAACAGCGUCCAGCUUGGAGAAAGCCAAAGUGCGUGCUAAUGCACCUCUCAUCAAGCCACCAGCACACCCAUCUGCCAUUCUCACCGUACUGAGGAAACCCAAUCCACCACCACCUCCACCACGGCUGACUCCUGUAAAGUGUGAAGACCCUCACAGGCCUGUUCCUUCUGCCAACCCUGUAAAGACUAAUGGGACCCUACUUCGAAAUGGAGGUUUACCAGGAGGACCAAACAAGAUUCCUAAUGGGGAUGUAUUUUGCAUACCUAAUAGUAACUUGGACAAAGUUCCAAUGCAUCCUCUGAUUCAUAGACCUGAUAAAGACAGGUGUCCUCAGACAGGAACCCGGGAACGGGUACGAUUUAGUGAAAAAGUGCAGUACCAUGGCUAUUGCCCUGAUUGUGACGUUCGGUAUAACAUUAAAAACAGGGAGGUCCACUUACACAGCGAGCCGGCCCACACGCUGGGAAAGCUUCCUCACCAAUGUCCUCCUUUACCGCCGCCUCCUCCCCCUCUCCCUCCAUUUCCUUUAGAAAAUGGAGGGUUGGGAAUGAGUCCCAGUAAUAGCUUUCCCCCUCUCAGACCUGCGACUGUGCCUCCACAAACUGCACCAAAACCCCAGAAGACCAUCUUGAGAAAGUCAACCACUACAACAGUGUGAUGUAUGCCACUUGAAAAACUGUUUUUUUCCUAUAUAUAAACAUAAACAAAUAGGUAAUGAGCACUUUCUACUCAAGCAAUAAAAAGCCCAAAUAUAUUACAUCCUGUAUUCAGCGAAGCGGCAUAAAAUUCAUAUGAUUUGCAGGAAUAAUUUGAAAGGUAAAAUCUCUUCAAAGACAUGCGGCAGAAGAAUAGAACUGUGCUGCUGCAGAUCAACCUAACAGUUGUUGGUGCCUCUGUGACUUCCUGAGCUAAACAGCUAUAGAAAUUUCACCCCAUGUUAAAUGUGUACUUUAAAUUCCAUACAACUUACUUCUGUAUAUAGCGAAUGAGCUGUAUGUGGCAUCCUCCUGUGAGGAAGCGUGGGCAGGUUCUUCCCUUAUUGCCUGUUGUGUAUGUUUUUGGCAUUUACUUAUUCUAUAUGUGCGUGUGUGCACAUGCAUGCACACGUAAGGUAAUAUUCGAAUGCUGUUUGGUUGUGAAGAUCUUGUUAACAAAGGCAAAGGUAGAUAUUUGCAUGUGAUGGGCUACAUUGCUUACAUAGUGUGUGUUUAUCACUCUGACCACAUCCACUUAGUGGGAUCUGGUAGUGUUUUGCAACACAGCAUCUUCUGGUUACCAUGGUUUUUGAAGCCAUCCAUGUCCACAAUUUUCCAGUGUUGAGAUGGCCAACCUUCUGCAGACUGUGACACAAGUAAGAGAGCUUGGUAUGCUGAGAGGAACUGAAGGAGCUGAAACUUUUAUUUUAGACCAUUAACAGCAUGUCAGGUGAUGCUAUUUAGCAGUUAUACAUAUUUGAAGAAUCCAACCAUAGCCAAAUCCUGAAACACCAACCUGUGAUAUUUAAAUGUUAUUAUUUAGUCGAUGUUUUGUUGCUCAUAUAACAGGCAGCCGUUUACCAGGAUUUCCAAACUAAGCAUUUUGUGUCUUUAAGAAUGGGUAUGCUUUUGGAUCUUUAUAAGUAAUCCCUCAGUUUAGGAAGCCCCUCUCAUUAAAAUGAACAAAUCCAAAUACCGGACAGUAUCAUACAAUAAUGGUCCAGUACAUUAUAAAUAAAAUUUUUCAAAAGCACCCAGUUGAUUUAGAUGUGUGGCUCUGAGUGACUCUUAUUGGGAGCUGGGUAUCUAAGUCCCUUAAGUGCUUUUGAAAAUUCUGUCCCAUAGUGGUACUGGGUUCUGUUGUGACUCAUAGCCAUAAUCCUACAUUUGAGGACAGGGGUGAGGCAGAGCCUCAAGAAGUGCGUCUAAACUGCAGUGUGAGCCCCUGUCAAGUGAGCGGACCCUGGGUUAGAGAGCUUGAGUGACUACACAGAUUGUCAAUCCUAGAGUAAGAAUUUUCUAACUGGGCUUGAACCUGGAGCUCUAGCAUCCACACUUCAGCAUAAAGAUGUGAGUCCAACCAACUAUAUCCCGGACUUCCUGGCUCCCUCCUGAAAUGUGGCUUCUCUGGACCUUUGACUGUGGGAAAACUGUCCACCCUGCACGUUACAGGAAGUCUGAGCAGCCCACAAAAGAGAGAGCUUGCUUGUGAGGGAUUUCAAUGCUUGGGGAGGUGUAUGGGGUUGAUUGUCAUACAAUAUAUUUAUGCAUGUUUUGACCACUUAACUGAUGAUGGGGUAGGGAGAAGGGAUUAAUUUAUAGUAUGGAGUAAUGUAAGGAGGUGAUUGAGGUCUGGAUGGAUGUAGCUACGUGUAUUGAGAAAUAGUGUUUGCUUACAAAUGCCCAGUUGUUCCUGAUCAUGUGUUUCCCUUUAACUACACAUUGCAUGAUGUGAUGCAGUGAUAGCAAUUAACUUUCUUCCUAAAAUAAAAAGCUUUAUUUAUAAAUAUAUAUUAGAAAAGGACAACAUUA